AUGCCAGAUGCCGACGCCAAUGCUCGGCGCGGACGACCCUGGCUCAUUCCCAGUAACAGGAAGCUGCGCCAUCUGCAAGCCAUUACCCUACGCAACCUCGCCCUGUCUCAUGAAACUGCUCGUCCUCGCCGAGGCACAAUUGACGACGAUGGCCUUCCAGCCACCAAGAAGUCGCCAGCUAAGAUGCUUGCCCUACGCGACGCCCAUUCCAACAUGAUCCACUCAAAGUCUUCUGAUGACCUCCGUCCAAUCCACGAAUCUGUCUCGUCACUGUCGUCUAGCCCGAAUAAACAGCGCACCCCGCCUCGUCCUUCAUUUGCCAAAUUGCGCAGAAGAAGUACUCUAGAAUGGGCUGCCUCGACCUCGCAACAACGUCAGAGACGCCUUGAAGAUGUCUCUGCCCAAAGAAUGGCCGACUUGUUCUACUCUAUACACAUUCCCAAUCAACAAGAUCCCAUCUAUGUCAGCGAGGUGGCUGAGAAAUCCAUGAACCCUAACUUCAGGAACAUUCAGCUUGACUCGACUGAUCCUCAACUUCUGAGAGUGGACGAGCUGAUUCUCAAAUUCUGGGCUAAGAGCGAAGCCAUGCCACAAUACUGCUUGUUGGUAGACAUGACAUUGAGCAUGCGUUCAUUGCAAUUCAUUGGCAAGACUCUGUCGAGCUUCCAUCACCCAUUUCCACCGAAUUGUGUCAUCUUCCACCUGACAGACGGCUUCUAUACUGCAUUCACCGAUGCGAAAGUCGAUGAGCCUCUGAAUCCUUUCCAGGACGGUCCUGCAAAGAUCACCAAUUCCCGCACAUUAUCUACUUCAUCCUUCGAUGCUCUUUUACGCCUCUCCAAGCUCGACGACAGUGUUCAGGAUGCUUUGGCUCUUCGAAAACAGCUUGCUUCCGAGUUGGAACAGACGUUGCAGGACAACAAGGCCUCACUAGACAACAAGACGCAGCUCGCCGAGACGACGGAUUUUCUCAAAACCAUCGACUUUGCCACUGCAACUGUAAAAAAGCAGUUGAAAGCACUCGAGCAGAAACGUGACCAGAAGCGCAAAGCUCUUCAGGACCGCAGGGAUCUGCUGGCGCGUGACUCUGCGUUGCGGAAAGAGGUACUGUCGCAAGUCGAAACUGGCAAAGGCACCAUCUCGGAGUUGACCGCUCAACACACCGGCGUGAAAAAGUCCAUCACCCAACAACGCCGCCGUAUAGCACAUGAUCUAUCAAAGAUCUACCCCAUAGCGCCUGUGCCGAAUCAGAGUUUAGCUUUCACCAUCCGUGGCAUGCACCUACCCAACUCCGAAGCAUUGGACGCAGCGACUCCCGAGUCUCUAGCCGCGGCUCUGGGUCAUGUCAGCCAUGUUAUCCAACUUCUCUCACUCUACCUAGGAGCCAUUCUGCCAUACCCUUGCCGACCACGCAGCAGCACAUCCACAAUCCUGGACCCUAUUUCCAUCCUCAAUACCGCAAGUGCAACCUCCAAAGCCGUCUCUGACGAAACCGCUGCCCGAACAUUUCCACUUUUCUUGAAAGGCGCUGUACGCUUCCGCUUCGAAUAUGGUGUAUUCUUACUGAACAAGGACAUCGAGAUAUUGUUGUCAACGCAUCUUGGGGUCAGAGUGUUGGAUAUUAGACAGACGUUGCCGAAUCUGCUGUACGUGUUUUACUGUGCCACAGCGGGUGACGAGGAAUUACCUUCAAGAAGAGCAGGAGGCGUACGAGGGUUGAUGAGGAUGAAGGCACAUGGACGAAAUUCUGCAGAAGAAGAGAGAUGGUGA